AAGGCUCCCCAGGAACCUUCCGGACUACGUACCUCUCUCGAACACCACACUUCAUUGCGCAUACUUGAAGGUUGACGAUGGCGUCUGUCGUCUUCGUGCGCUUGGCGUUUUUAUGGAUGCUGCUUGCAGCCAGCAAUUCCUCUAACCCCUGGAUGCUGUAUGCAAACAUCAACCCCUGCGAUGGUGGGAAUAUGGGGUACGGUGCAUCCGCGUGGUACGGCAGUGCUGGGAGCGCCGCCACAAGUCUUACGAACGACUUCGUCGACGGCACAGUGGGGACUGCUCCGGUGAAGUACGUCACCAUCGCUCGGCACGCUGGCGGUGCAUGCGAGAUGUCGAAGACGUGGGAGCUUACGAGCAGCACCAAAUCGAUGUAUGACUAUUUUUCUGACCACAACCCUGGGAGGAUCUAUGCCACGGGGGAUGGCAGCGCCAGCGACACCCACAUCGCAUCGGACAUGCCGUCAUCUUUCAGUGGGGAUGGCACGCCGGGGGACCCGAUCUUUGGCGCCGAUGGUGGCUUGGUGUUCAACUGGUGGUAUUCGAACAAUGGAGCUCGGGUUGCUGUUCCUGGUGGCUACAAGACCCCGUACUCUCUCCCGGGAACCGGGACGAACAACGACGACCUCCACGGUCUGGGCAACGAGUUCGGUGCUGGCACUCAAGCUGGUGGAGGGAGUGGCACCUGGUGGCACGACGCUGCCAAAAUCCAGGGGGACUGCCACGGCACUUCCUGCCAGGUGCUUGGCAGCGACCACGGAAGUGCGUGGGGGAGCACGAACUUUGGCUGCUGGGGCAGCUACGCCAUCUACGUGUCUGCUGCUCUGUCCACUUUCCCCUGCCAGGGCUCGACGCUGUCGGCGCAGGUGUCGGGGGCGGCAGCGGGCGGAGCGGAGGGCGAACAAUUGAGAAGAAAGUUUCAAGCUCGACACGGCGAAUUGCACCACGCACGUGGCACCACGCACGUGGCACCACGCAGUUUGCCGCGCCCGAUGGGGGUCCAAGAGUGCCCCAGACUGGCUUCUUGGAGAUACAUCGUAGAGGGGGCAGGUAUGAGCUCGACGCAAGAGUCAUCCUGCCGUCAAACUGAGACGGGCUGGUCUGGCCGUAAGUCCCGUGGAGGAGGCAAGCUCAGGUGCUCCAACGGUCGCGGGUAGCUCCGCGGCCCUUCCGGCAGCACUAGCAGCGGGGCCUCAUGUUUCACAGUCAGUUUCGCCAGGUGGCUCGGCGGACGGCCCCGCGAGCGCACCUGUGCCGGCCGCAGGGCCGAGGGCACCAGCGGGCAGCCCCGCGGGCCAAGGAGGGGAUGGCGGCGCUCAUCUCCAGUCUCACAUGGCCAACGCUGGAGGCGGGGUCAUUCGAGCUCUCCCCUCCCCAAGUCUUCCUUCGGCGGAGGAGAUUGCAAGGCAUAGUGUUGAUCAUUGUCCUUGCCAGAGUUGGUGUAGAUCGUGCGUGGCUGGUUGUGGGAAGGCAGACACUCAUUUUAGGCGGGAGAGCGACGA